UUGCCCUGCCCCGCCCCCAAAGGCUUCCCGGGUAGUGUGCUGGGACUUGACCCGCCUCCCCAGGUCAACAAGUCACAACACGACCCCGGCCUGUCAAGUCACAUGACCUCUGCCUGUCACUGACAACCUGGUCAUGUCUUCGGGCCAGGAGAGACCAUCUGCUCCAACCCACCCCCACCCCCAUUUACAGAAGGAGAAACGGAGCUCUGGAGCAAUGGUGCAGGCCUGGCCAAGGACCUGUCACCGUCACACCACCGCCUGAAGCUGCCACCCAGCCACAACCAGCCUUGUUGACAGUUUCUACUUAGGACAAACUCCGGCUGCCCCCAUGAGGGCUUCUGGAUCCGCCCCCGGAGAGGAGGGCAAGGCCCUAUUAAAAGAGCUCAGCUCCGCGCUAUCGGGGUCAGAGGCUUGAGUCUAAGGCGUAGAGUGUAUCAUGUUGAAGAUGAGCGGGUGGCAGCGACAGAGCCAAAAUCAGAGCCGGAACCUGAGGAGAGAGUGUUCCAGAAGGAAGUGUAUCUUCAUACAUCACCACACCUGAAAGCAGAGCCUGAUCCAGCCACAGAGAUGGCAGCUGAGUCACUGC